AUGAGUAUAUUUGUAUACGACAAGCGCAUGACAUCAGACAAUGAUGGCUGGGCGGAUAGGUAUGAUGUGGUAGAUGGCUACCAGCGAGAAGCUGCCGGAGGUAUAACAAUCAAACUCCAAUCACCUGAUGUGGCCUGGUUCGAUGAUUACUACCUUCAGCUGCGGCCAGAGAGCCACUUUAAUAAUCCCUGGUUCAUUGAGUUUUGGCAACACAGAUUUCAGUGCAGGCUGAAAAACCAACAGCAAGAAGAUUCUGACUAUAACAAGACCUGUGAUGGAAGAGAAUCAUUACAGGAACAAUAUGUUCAAGACACCAAGAUGGGAUUUGUGAUAAAUGCAAUUUAUUCCAUGGCCCAUGCACUACACAACAUGCAGCAAAGCCUGUGUCCAGGAGUUAAUGGGCUAUGCGAGGCAAUGAAGCCAGUUGAUGGGAGAAUACUACUGGAAUUCCUCAUGAAGAUCAAUUUUACUGGGGCAUCUGGAGAUAUCAUCUCUUUUGAUGAGAAUGGAGAUUCACCAGGAAGGUAUGAAAUCAUGAAUUUUAAAAAGCUGAGGAAAGACCAUUUUGACUAUAUGAACAUCGGAAGCUGGGAAAACGGGGAACUGAAAAUGGAUGACUCUAGAAUUUGGGUCAAUAAAGAACUUGUUGUCCGAUCAGUCUGCAGUGACCCAUGUGCAAAAGCUGAAAUAAAGGUGAUUCGGAAAGGAGAAGUGAGCUGCUGCUGGACAUGCACCUUGUGUAAGGAAAACGAGUUUGUGUUUGAUGAAUACACCUGCCAGGCUUGCCCCCAAGGUUCUUGGCCAAAUGAGGAUCUCACAGAGUGUGAAAAUAUUCCAGUGAAAUUCCUCAGAUGGGGAGAUCCUGAGCCCAUCGCUGCAGUUGUCUUUGCCUGCCUGGGUCUCCUGGCCACCAUGUUUGUGAUGUUCAUAUUUAUGGUCUACCGUGACACCCCUGUGGUCAAGUCGUCCAGCCGGGAGCUCUGCUACAUCAUUCUAGUGGGAAUCUUCCUUGGAUACCUAUGUACUUUCUCUCUCAUUGCCAAGCCCCAAAAGAUUUACUGCUAUCUUCAGAGAAUCGGCAUUGGCCUGUCCCCUGCCAUGAGCUACUCUGCUUUGGUGACCAAAACCAAUAGAAUUGCAAGAAUCCUUGCCGGCAGCAAAAAGAAGAUCUGCACCAAGAAGCCAAGGUUCAUGAGUGCUUGCGCCCAGCUGGUCAUUGCCUCCGUGUUGAUAUGUAUUCAGCUAGGGAUAAUUGUUUCUCUUUUCAUCAUGGAGCCACCGGAAGUCAUUCACGAUUUCCCAACUAUCCGAGAUGUUAAGCUGAUAUGUAACACCACCAACAUAGCUGUCGUUGCUCCGCUUGGAUACAAUGGUCUUCUGAUUUUAAGUUGCACCUUCUAUGCUUUUAAAACUCGGAAUGUCCCUGCCAAUUUCAAUGAAGCGAAGUACAUUGCAUUUACCAUGUACACGACCUGCAUCAUCUGGCUCGCCUUUGUCCCAAUCUACUUUGGAAGCAAUUACAAGAUCAUUACCAUGUGUUUCUCUGUUAGUCUAAGUGCCACGGUGGCACUCGGGUGUAUGUUUGUUCCGAAAGUGUACAUCAUACUGGCCAAACCUGAACGGAAUGUACGCAGUGCCUUUACCACGUCCACUGUGGUCCGCAUGCACGUUGGAGAUGGGAAGUCAUCCUCUGCUGCAAGCCGUUCCAGCAGUUUGGUUAACCUUUGGAAAAGGAGAGGCUCAUCGGGGGAAACUCUAAGCUCCAAUGGGAAAUCUGUAACCUGGGCGCAGAAUGAACGCGCUUCCCGAGGUCAUCACUUGUGGAAGAGGCUGUCUGUUCACAUAAAGAAAAAGGAUAAUACAUCAAAACAAUCAGCCCUCAUCAAACCUUUCUCCAAGAGCUCUGAGAGUCGGCAAAGCAGCCACGGCUACCCGGACUCGAGUAUUAAAUGUCUGUAUGAUGUGUCCGAGGCAGAGGAGCACUACCCUGUCCAGUAUGUGCCGCAAACACCAUCGCCCAUCAGCAUCGUGAGCCACAGGCCCGCAACUGUCAGCCGGGCGGAAAACGACAUGCCGACAUUCCAGUCUGAGCAUGUGCAGAGAAGCAGCUCUUCCCAGGGUUCGCUGAUGGAGCAGAUCAGCAGCGUGGUGAACCGCUUCACAGCCAACAUCAGCGAGCUGAAUUCCAUGAUGCUUUCGUCAGCUCCUUCAGGAGUAAUAGGAGCGUCUCCCAUCUGCCCAUACCUGCUUCCAAAAGAGAUCCAGCUGCCUGCGCCCAUCACGACCUUUGCAGAUAUCCAGCCCCUCCCUGCUAUCGAGGUGAAUGGUCGCUCACAGCUCACAGGAGGUGCUUCAAACACGAGCGUCAAAGACGGCACCUCUGAGACUUCAGUGGUUAAGACAGACUUUGAAGAGCUUGUGGCGCUUACUCCUCCUUCACCCUUCAGAGACUCUGUUGAUUCAGGGAGUGGUUCACCUACCUCUCCUGCGUCAGAAUCUGCACUUUGCAUUCCAUCGUCCCCCAGAUACAACACUCUUGUUCUGCGUGACUACACUCAAAGCUCCUCGUCUCUGUGAAUGUAUAAUGUCUGAUGAUCUAGCAAUGAGCUGAAGCUAAAAAGAAAACCUUCAUUGACUUUAACCUAAACAUAAUUUGUUUUACUCAUGUCAACAAAUAUUGGCAACGAUCCUCCAAUGGUUGAAGGUGGAAUUACUCUGAAUGUUGGAAUCAAAUGAAUUCCACAAGCAGUUUGAGAACAGCAUUUUGGUAGAAAACUGUCUGCUAGUGGCCUUAAACCUUGUGGGUUCCUAUCACAUGGAUUUUUACUUGUAUUUGGAAAGAGGGCUGGGAAGAGAAUGACUUGGUUAGAUGGUGUUAAUCGCUUGUGCAUUGAUCACAAUGACAGCUCAAUAAGAAAACCCAUGAUUGCAGUUAAAGUUGACUUCAAGACUUUAGCAAUCUGCUACAAAGAUUGUUAUUAUCUAUAUCCCUGAUGUGAAACUGCAGACCUUCUCAAACGAUUGAGACCAAAAAUGAAUGUAAAUUUGUAAGAUGAGGAUCAUAGUAUCCAGGACCAAAAGGACUUCCAUUUUUGUAUGAAAGAGGUGGGGUGAUCCAUGGGAAGGGAACAUAUCUAUGACCAACUUGUAAACAGCUGGAAAGGAUGUGUAUACAUUAUAUGAAACAUAUCAUCUUGCAUUAGGAACAAAUUGUUGAAGUUGCAGUAUCCCUUGACCUUGGCUCAUAGACGUGUUAGAGUUGACAAAAUUAUAUUUAUACAAUUGCCAACAAAUAUGUUGGUGUGAUUGACGGUGGCUUUACAUUACCCAGUAACGGAAUAUGUUUUACUACAUUAAUUUUACCCUGAAUUUUCAAACAAUUUCAUGAAUUACUGAACUUUAAUUUUCUUUGUGAAAUGAUGGUUUCCUAAAUCUUGUGAUAAUUUUGAUUGCAUUAUCAAAUUAUUUAAUAUUGUUUAGUAAGUGUAAUUACAAUUAACAUGAACAAUCCCUCUCUAAUUAAAAACAUUGAAAACCUUCACAUGGGUACUUAGAGGAUAUUAAAUUAAUUAAUACUAUAGAAUACAUAGCUGAAUUGUUGCAUUGCUUGAGUUAUUAUUAUAUUAAUUUUACAGUAUUAAUUAAAAAGUCGCAUGUUUUCAAAACCCAUGUUUAUACUGGUAAUCCUGCCAAAUGGGAAGACUGGCGUAGCAUGAGGAAAUCAACUAAACAAUUCAAAUGCAUUAUUCCCAUUGGGUGGCAUUAUUCAAGUGCUACAUUGUCUUUUAAUUGCACAUUUGCAGUUAGCAUGUGAGUAGACUGGAAUCAAAUUUCUAGGUGGCCACACAAUUGUAAUUGAAACUAUACCAGUAAUUUCCAAUAUUUCUCCAUUUUAUUUCGCUAUUUUUCUGUUGGCUUUAUUAGAUUGUAUUAGCAAAUUUUGAAACAAAAAAUUCACUUACCCCAUUUAGGAAGUAAGUAACCUCAAUAUAGAGAAUACAUGAGGAAAUUUGUCUACUAAUUACAUGGAAGUCCGUGUCAUUAGCGAAUUUGUCCAUGUCAUUAGUUAGCAUUUUAUCUUUCUCGAGAGAAAAGGAAAUUGUUGCUAAUAAUGACAAAUUGAAAUUUGAUUUUUUUUUCAAAUGGCUUAGCAAUCUCUAUGUAGACAGUGCUAACCAAAGGGAUACUGCAUCUUUAAGUUACUCCCAUGUCACACGUGAAUGUUUUAAAUAAUGCAAAAAAAAGCUUUGAGAUUCAAAGCAAAUCAUGAAUAUUCAUUUCAAUGAAGAACAAUACAUAUUGAAAUAAAUGUUCAGAGGUUUACGUGAGUGUGCAUGAAUUAGGAUGCACACAUGUUGGUACAUAGUGAAAUGAACAUGGUAUAGGGAUAGAGAAUAAUUUUAACAAAGUCCAAACAAUGCAAAAAAAAACUUUGGCAGUUUGAUUAGAACUCAAUUUUAUUGGAGAUGGUUGGAUGAUUGAAGCAAGAUACUUAAAAAAAUUAGAAAUUAGUAUGGUUUGCUGCAAGUUUGCAGUUAUGGUUUUAUUGCUAUUUACCCAGUUCAAGGAUGAUGACAUCUUGACCAUCACAGUUUUAAAGUCCUUGAGUAACUUUCUUCAAACAUAUUAAACAUUCCGCCUUCAUAUAAUUUAUGCUCACGCAAUUUAAAAAAAAAUGAGGAAUCAGUCUGGUGAAGGCAAAAAUAAUUUAAUACGAUAUAAACAACUUGUUACUUCAAAUGAUUUAAAAUUUGAUUCAAGGUUGCUAGUUUAACGUAUAUCUUUAAAUAAGGGGUGUUCAUUUGUCAGUCAGGAUUUUGGCAAUCCUAUUCAUUGGUAAGAGACGUAUAUAGUUAAAGCAAGUAGCAAAUCAGGCAUUAUAUGUGGGGAGAUGAGACUUUUCAAUGUCUAAGAUGGCAACCCUUUUUAAAAGAAAUGGUUGAAUCCAAAAUAUUAACUCAUCUCACACUCUAGAAAUUCCAUCUUCUAUGUUAAUUACUUCCAGUGUUUUCCAUUUUACUCUUGGUUGCACUGUUUAUUUGCAGUUUAUUAUGUUAGAGUUUCUUUUUAUCAUAAAUCUCUCUUUUCAUUCAUUCUAGCAUUGGAUUUUAGUUGCAUUCUGUUGGAGGAACAUAGAUUAACGCCUUUGACUUCACACAUGCAAUUAUAAAUUAAGGAGACCGUUGUUACACUUCUCCAGUAAAAUCUAGAUCAGUAGUUACAGAUUAAUCAAUGCAUAAUUUCAGUUAAUAAUGCAUGUCGUCACGAUUACUAAUCUUACACUUUUCAUGAAUUUACAUUUUUGUCAGUCUGUUGGGAAUAACAGUCUUUAUUCUAACAAUCAGAUAGCUUUCUGUAUUCUCCUCCAAAACCAUCUGAGUCCACAUCACUAAUCUGAUGCUUUGAAUAAACAUUACUGUACUUCCAAGCAGUCCACUUUAACUUGGGGGAGAGGAGCAAGAACUGCAUCUUUUCAGCUCCUCUUUCUCUUUUGUUUCUGCACUACUCACACAACAAUCUUUCUUGCCAGUUGCUUGUUUUGUUGCUGGACAAGGUGACAUCAUAAAGAUAGCCCUGCGCACACAAACAUAGAGUAGUAACCACAUUUUAUCCAUAAACUCUGUGCUGCAGGAGCUUUUGCAUAAUAACAAAUAAACUGGUAAAUACUCGCGAACAAUAAUGAAUUGUGAAGGUGUGCAUAUUGGAAUGAAUUUAGCACAGAGCAUACUUAGUCAUAAUAAAUGCUUAUUGUAAACUAUGAUACACAAUACAAGUUGUCCAGCCAUGAGAGACAACACUGACCUUUGCUGCAGAAUUAAGAUAUUUGGUAAUAACACAGCUUUUUGACACCUAAGGCUCAUUAUAACUUUACCAUAAAGUGAGUUUCUUCUGGACAUAAAACCAUAAACAUUCUUGCAUCUGCUCCAUAUCUAAUUUACAAAUAAAGUUCACAUCUUACUCAUUGCUAAAUAAUUUGUUCAUGUUCCGUAACUAACUUCAUUAUAAUUCAAUAGUUACAAGGCACCAUUAAUAUCCUCUAAAUUAAACUGGAACUUUUUUUUGCAUUUGGAAAUUUACAAACGAUGAACUUCUAUAAAGAUUAGCCAGAUUGAGAUAAGGGUGGUGUAAAACUUGUUUUUUUGUGCACCUUCUAAUUCAUUGUGAGGUUUGACUACAAAGGCAUCAGUCGAACAGAAAGUUUACACUUCCAGAAGUUCACAGGUGAAAAUGUUGGACAACUUGUACUACUGAAAAUAUACUAUACCGUUGAUGACAAACUGGGGCAUAUCUGCAAAGAAUGUAGCCCCAUUUUAUUUGUGUUUAAAUUGAUUAUUGAUGUUUUGAAAGUGCAAAACUGUGACAAGGUAUAUUAGAUUAAAGCAAUAAUGAACGCAAAACUAGUAUCAGUACAGGCUCGGUCACAAUAAAUCCUGUAUGUUUUGUGAUAACUUUAAAUUUAAAAACUGAAUCCAAACAUCUUUGAGUUCAUUAUUGUGCAAUACAUCUAUAUUAAUAUAUUGUCUAGUUUACAUACUAUAUUGUAUAAAAUGCAAGGAUUAACAUAUAUUCUUGUAUUGUUAAGUGACUAGAGAUCAUGGCCACAUGUAGUUACUAAGGUGAAUUUCAGAGAUGGUUCAGUAAAUGAAGAAUUAUUAUUGGCACAGUUACUUUGCUUCUUCCUUUAAUGAACACUGUUCUUGCUAUUUUUACCUUAGCAACAGCCUUAGUAAUGUUGUGCAAACAUUAUAUUCAUGGGCACAUGCAACAUUUUGCUGCAAUUGAUCAAAUAGAUGUGGAAUGUGUUAUGUAACCACUUUAAAUGAAGGCAGCAGUUGAUUUUUUGCAAAUGGCACUUGCCAUGUUUCUCUAACGCUGGUAAUAUUUUUGAUUGCUGUUUUUAAGAAGACAAGCAGACGAGUGCCAACUUUUAGAUUUUAUUGUGGGCUUCAAGUGCUUCUACUUUUGUUACUUAUCUUUGAUACGUUGUGAAAUUUCAAUCUCUUUUGUGAAAUAGCAGACUGCAUUUUUUUCUAGUUUCUUGAGCAGCGCAAAUAUAAAAUGUGAGGUGACGAGAAAACAUGUUGGGGUUUCAUUUCGGUAGAUAUUUUACCAACUUAAUCUUAUUGUGCUACCUCUUUGAUCCACAUUCCCUUCUGCUUAUUUAUAGCCUCAUGAAAUCUGGACGCAUUGGAUGUGUCAUUAUUUGAAGAACAAGCUGGCAUGAUUUUGAUACUUUGGAAUGCUACAAACACUGCCUGACUAUUUUAUCACUGUGGGAAUAACUCGCAAUCCAUUUUAUUAUUUGUAGAAUGAACAUCAUCAAGCCUAUCAAUAAUAGUUUGAAAUCAAUGGUUGGGUAUAUGCUGCGAAACUAGAAUUAUAUUUAGUCUGUCUUAAUGCCAGUACAGUAUUAAUUUUGUUAUGUAGAAUGUAAAAUAGCCUUAUUGCCGUGGAACUUGAUACAUUUUUGGUAUUAUGUGCUGCUGUUCUUUUCCAGCAAACCCGUCUAGCUUUGUAAAUGCAAAAAAAGGUAAAUUAUUUCAACCAUUUCUAGUGGCACAUUUUGCUGUUUGUUAGUCAAAUUGUUUUCUCCUGUUAAAAAAUGUGA